AUGUCUGACGCUGCUCAGUGUCCUUGUACGUUGGUCGUUCAGUUUCCGGCUGAAGUCUACCGUUCUACUGGUGAGUCCGUGGUUCUUCCCGAGCUCCUCAAGUCUGUGGAUGUCCCAAAGGUACGCUGUGUGCAGUUUAUUCGUAAUGGUCUUGUCCGCGUCACGUUUACUGAUGCUGCCAGUUGCGAUGCAGCCUUGUCAAGUGGCGUCGCUUUCCGUGGUGAUCGCCUGCCAGUUUCUCCGGUAUCAGCUCGUUCUCGUCUUGUUUAUCUGCGGGAUUUGCCUGCUGAAGUUCCUGUUCCUUUUGUUAAAGCUGCUCUUUCCUCGUAUGGAACUGUACAUGAUGUGACCGCGAUGGAGCACUCUGGUUAUCCUGGUCUCUUGAACGGCACCCGUUUGGUUAAAGUUACGUUGGAAAAUGACAUUCCGUCGACUGUUCAUAUCCGUGGUUUUGAUUGUCGAGUGUGGUAUCAGGGUCAACCACAAGCUUGCGCUGUUUGUCGUUCAUAUCGUCAUCGUGUUAGAGAGUGUCCUCUUAACGGCCUUUGCCGUCGUUGUCAUCAAGCUGGUCACGUAGCUCGUGAGUGUCGUGAACCUCGCCGUCGUCCGUCUACUGUGUAUCAGGAGUCUUUGUCUGUUUUGGUUGGAUCGUCUGAAGUUGCGGACAGUAAUGAUGAAACUAAUGAAGUG